AGAACAGUGAGGGAUUAGAGAGCUGCUUUAUCGAUGUUAAAUGACGGUAAGCUCUUAUGUUGGCUUCUGCAGUUUAAAAUGUCUUAAUUUGAUUAUCUUCUUGCUUUAUAGAGUUGGGAAAAAACUGUUGAUUUCUAUAGCCCGGGACGUGGGUUAAUGCCUGCAAGUUUUAAAGUGAGAUCCACACCCGUUGUUGGAAAAGAUAGUGAAUUCGUGGAUGGUCUGGACCCAGAUUUUGGAGAAUGUGCUAUUGGGAGAGUUGCUCCUGUUGACUCUGGCUUAUGGUGGAUUAUAUUGCUUCGAGCUUAUGUAAAGAUUACAGGUGAUUAUUCCCUUCAAGAGAGGGUUGAUGUACAGACAGGGAUUAAAUUGAUGCUUAAUCUCUGCUUACGGGAUGGUUUCAACAUGUUUCCUACACUCUUGGUCACUGAUGGUUCUUGCAUGGUUGAUAGAAGGAUGGGGAUUCAUGGUCAUCCACUUGAAAUUCAGGCCUUAUUUUACUCAGCUUUGCGUUGUACUCGUGAGAUGCUGAUUGUGAAUGACUCAACCAAAAGAAUGGUUGCAGACAUCAAUAACCGGCUCAGUGCACUAUUAUUCCAUAUAAGAGAAUACUAUUGGCUGGACAAGAAGAAAAUUAAUGAAAUAUAUCGCUACAAGACUGAAGAAUACUCCACGGAUGCUAUCAACAAAUUCAACAUCUAUCCAAAUCAGAUUCCUUCAUGGAUUCUAAAUUGGAUUCCAGAAACCGGAGGAUAUCUUGUUGGCAACCUACAGCCUGCUCACAUGGAUUUUCGUUUUUUUACACUUGGAAACCUUUGGGCUGUCAUUUCGUCAUUGGGCGCCCCCGAGCAGAAUGAAUCUAUUUUGAAUUUUAUCGUAGAGAAAUGGGAUGAUCUCGUUGCACAAAUGCCUCUAAAGAUAUGUUAUCCAGCUUUAGAUGGUGAAGAUUGGCGAAUAAUAACUGGAAGUGACCCUAAGAAUACCCCAUGGUCAUAUCACAAUGGGGGGUCUUGGCCAACCCUUCUUUGGCAGUUGACCCUAGCUUGCAUUAAGAUGGGAAAACCAGAAGUUGCAAGGAGAGCAGUAGGUGUGGCUGAAGAGAGGCUAAAGGUGGAUAACUGGCUUGAAUAUUAUGAUGCAAGGCAUGGAACAUUCAUUGGCAAACAAGAAUGGUUGCAUCAGACGUGGACAAUUGCUGGCUACUUGACCUCAAAGAUGCUUUUGAGGAAUCCAGACAUGGCAUCCUUGUUGGUCUGGGAUGAAGAUUAUCAACUCCUGCAAAAUUGUGUUUGUGGGCUGAAAGGUAAUGGCAGAAGAAGAUAGAUAGUGCUCUCCCUCUGGCCUUACAGCUCAAAAAAUUGGUCACUGAGUGUACUUCAUUUCUAAGACUUUUUUUCAUUAUGAAGAUCAUGGACUUGCGAUACAAUUGUGUAAACUAUAAAUACAUACAUGUGUGAUUUGAAUCGUUAAUUGAUAUGUGACAUGUACUGAUGGAGCAUGUGUGUUGUAUGUUUGAUGGAAC